GAUGGAAGAAUUUUGAAGGAGGGGAUGGGGGUGGGAAAGGAAGCGGAGAAAAGGCAAGUGAGAGAUAAAGGGGAAGUGCAGUUUCAGAACCGGGCUAGCUCUCUCCUCCCUGCCUGCUCAGCCUCCGGCAGCCUCUUCUCCAACUUCGCCCGGGCGACCCGCGUUGGACCCCAUGGCCGACCCCAGACCCAAGAAAGCCAAGAUCUGUCUCUGCAUGUUUCUAUGUCUUCUGGUGGGGGGGGUCAUUGCGGUGGUGGUCGGAAUCUGGAUGUGGCGCCACUCUUCCGAGCACAUGAAGUGGAAAGGGACGGGCAGCACUGCCCAUUUUCAAGAAAUCGUCCUGGAGCGAUGCUACAACUACACGCAGCUGGUGCAGCCGGAGCUCAGAGAUAGAGACUGCCAAAAGAUCAGGGAGGCUUUCAGGAAUGCAUUUAUCUCUAAGGACCCCUGCAGUGCGACAGAGGAAGACUACCACCCACUGAUGAAGCUGGUGAAUCAAACUGUGCCUUGUGACAAGGCAGUCUUUUGGAGCAAAACAAAGGAGUUGGCGCAUCAGUACACGAAGGUCCAGCGAGAGAUGUUCACCCUGGAAGACACACUGCUGGGUUACAUUGCGGAUGACCUUAGCUGGUGCAGUGAUGCAGGCUCUUAUGAAAUGAACUAUCAAUCUUGUCCACACUGGAAGAAAGACUGCAGCAACAACUUUGUUUCUGUAUUCUGGGACUUGCUGUCCAAAAGGUUUGCAGAAAAUGCCUGUGGUUUGGCCCGGGUGCUGCUCAACGGAUCCAUCAGUAACGCCUUUGACAGAAAAAGCACUUUUGGACGUGUGGAAGUCCAUAACUUGAAUCCAAUGAAGGUUCAUACGCUACAGGCUUGGGUGAUCCAUGACCUUGGAAAACUUCCCAGUGACUCAUGCUCGGGUUCCUCCAUAAAUGAUCUGAGAUGGAUUAUAAAGCAAAGGAAUAUCAAAUUUACUUGCCAGGGUACAUACAGCUCUGUCAAGUUUCUUCAGUGUGUGAAAAAGCCUGAGGAGUCAUCUUGCAGAUGAGCCAGUCUGCGUGCUUGAGGCCCUGCAGUAUACAUCAAAAUGCACGACUCAGGAGACAUGCUGGUGGAAAGCUGAGGAUUCGGGGGAAUUCUCUGUCAUAAUUUCAACACUGGAGAUGGGAGCCUUUUCCUCUAAAGUCUU